CUCACGGUGCACGUAUGCCUCGUAUUAUUUUCAAAAAUUGACGGUCUUUUUUUUAGUAUGAAAUCUAUAGUUUCGAAAACGGAACUGCACAAUAUUAAAGGCACUGUCAGGUCGAGAAGAUAUCAGUUCCUGCUCUUAGUCUUUCUAGCGCGGAUAUGAGUACUCAGAUUAAGGCUGAUCAGAACUGGUCUUACCGGGAAAACUCUGUGCGAGAAUUCUCGAAGGAGUACGGCUGUCAAGUGACCUGGAACCAACACGUAGAUCUUGGGCCGAAGGAGGGCCAGCGACCACUGAGCGCGGAUGACGAACAGGAAAUAUGGUGGCGGUACCAUAUCCUCCAAUUCACACUCCAACAGAUCGGAUGUUCCUUGACCAUUGACCGCUCCCGGGAGCCACGUAUCACCGGAUGUGAGGAGAAAGUGGAUGUGGCCGUGCUUGCUCCGCCAGAAGACUGCAUUGGACUUUUGUUAGAAGGUGCCCGCCAAGUCUCCGACGCCUUCCAUCUGGUGUUAUCAGCCUCUUGGCUGUCGACGGCGCCCACAGACACUGGAAGUGAAGAGGUGUUCCUCCACAAAGCCGUCACGUUUGGACGGAACGGAUCCACGUACCUCGAUGUCUUUCAGCCACCAAGACGCGUCACUUACUUCCUGCAGAGCUGCCGAGGCGAUUUCCUGGAUGUAGCGCAACUGAGUGAUGGCCGCCUGGACUGUCCGCGGAACAACACGGCACAACCGGUAGGUGACGACAGGGCGGCGGCACACGUGUUCCUCGAGAACGCCGCCGUAGACUUCCCAUCAGCCCUCAUGUUUACCUUCCGCUCGGAUGAGCACUCGAGCUUUACGGACCCGCGGUUUUCCGUGCGCCACCUUACGAAGCCCGUGGAUAAGGAAGUCGUGCGGAAGGAUGUUGAGGACUACUUUCAGAAACCCUCGCUGCAAACUGUGGAUAAGAUCGUAAUCCACCCUGUCCAUCAGACAGGCCUGGGACCUCAAGAAACGGCGGAUAUUGGGCGCCUCGUGCAAACAGUCCUUGAUGUGCUUGAGAAAACGGCCGACAACGACCACAUCAUCCUCGAGCCAUUCGUGCAAUGUCUCAGGCCCUUCCAAAGAAAGGGUGAGGUAGAUGCCGGCGAUAACCUGCUCCAGUGGUCCGCCGACGACACAGUUCGCUUUCUUGUCAAGUCGCUUGUCUGUCGAGACUUCAACAACAAACCAGUCACAUCGUCGGUCGUAUGUCUUGUCGCCAAACUGAACAGCACGGACGUGUGCUCCCUCGACAAGACGCUGUGUCUAUUCGAUGAUCAAACGUCGGCGCUGCAGUCGCUCGGCAGCACGUUGCGGGAGUUUAACGUAGCCAACCAAAAGCUCAGAGACUUUCUUGAGACGGAUAUCCGACGGAAGGGCGAGGCGGUCCUGCAGGCCAUCAUCGACAGCGAGACCGCAUCGCAAGCUGAUCCGCGUUCACUUUUACAGACGGAUUUCAUUGGCAUCGACUUCGUCAUCGCAUACAAGAAUGGAGACCUGUGUCCAACAGCUGUGAAGGUCACUACACAUCCCGAGUUCGCCGCCUUUCAACGCUUUGAGCUUACCAACAUGGCAUUUCCCAACCUCAACAUCUGCUUGGAGGCGGCGUCCAGCGACCCGAGGCAGCAGCGUGCAUUCCAGCCGCUCGUAGCUACCAUGGUCAUGCGCUCCCAGGAUUAUGUGCUCCGUGGGAAGAGGAUUCUUGUUAUUGCUGCUGGGUGGAUUACCAAAAAAGACCUCUGGCCGCCUGCAUUUGCCGCCGGAAUUAAGGUAGUUGCGGUGGACAGCAACCCCGACCAUUUUAUCAAGAAUGACGUCGAGCGUUUCAUCCAUUAUGAUUUUGAAGACCGGAAGCGUGAGACCGAACAUGCGACGAACAUUGUGCGUCUGGUUAACCAGAGUGAAGACAAGAUAGAUGGAUGCUUUACUUUCUGGGAGCCUAGCGUUGAGCUUCAUGCCAUGAUCUGCGAACAACUCAACUUAAAAGGAAACAGUGUGAGUGCUGCACAAAACGCCAAGGAGAAGUCCCGCACUCAAAACGCUCUGUACACGUUGCGUACACGUUCCGUGCUCGUGCAGAACGUUCGUGAUUACGUCACUCCAGCUUACCUCAUCAAAUCUCCUGAUGAUCUUGAGGAAGCCUGCCAGAAGGUAAAAUUUCCGGCAAUGCUAAAGACGGAGACGGGUGCGGCGUCCCUGGGCUGCACGGAGGUGCGGACUGUCGAGGACCUCCGGAAGGCCUUCACCCGAGUCACCGACACCGUCAAGGAGCACCCUAUCAUCGCGUUCGGGUUCGGUGAGAUGGUGAAUGUGGAAGAGUUUCACGUGGGGUCUAAGCACGUGGUCGACCUGGCCAUCUUCAAUAAGUCUCUCGUGGCAGCAUUCGUUUCGGACUGCGGUUUAGUCAACCCUCCGUCAUUUACAGGGACUGCGGCACUAAUGCCGUCGGCACUUCCGGGAGACAAGCAGGCCCAGGUCAUCAUGGCUGCCUUUCAAUGUUGCGUCGGCAUUGGCCUGACUGAAGGGAUGUUCAACGCGGACAUCAUCAUGACGUCAUCGGGUCCGAAACUGGUCGAGAUCAAUGCGCGGAUGGGCGGCUACUGCCUCCGCCACUGGAUUCGACGGCUCUACCAUCAGGACAUCCUGCUGAUGGCGUACAAGAUAUGUGUGGGCAUCCGUCCGUACGUUCCGCAAACCGCUACCACCGAGUACAUUAUCAGCGUCUAUCUGUCGCCCACACACCACAAAGAAUUGUUUAAGGACCCGGACAAGAAGGCCCAGAUGCAAGCCCUCCAUGACAGCGGGAAGAUCAGCCUUUCCGUUUUUGACCCCGACCUUGAGGACGUCUGGGGCGACUUCGAAAUCCCGUGCGCCAACGUGGCCGUGACCGCGCCGUCAGUCCAGGAGGGGAAGGAGCGCCUCAUAACCGUGUGCCGCGAACUGGGUAUUGAAAAGCCGCAGUACCGCGUCUCACAGUUCAUCAAGUACUUCUGACCAUGACGGGAGUGUUAUGGACACUUUGACUUGAUAUAUAUAUAUGAUAUGUUGAAUAAAAUUUCGCUGUUUUAAAUUCAUGACAACUUGCAUUCUUCUCAUGAAAAGUUUUUUUAAUCAUUUUUUUUACAAACACAUAAUGUCAUUAACCUGUUAUAAAGAGCAACUGAUUAUAUCAAUAUUAUUUGUAUUUUGGGUAUUUUUGCACGGCUUACUCCAUUUUUGCAUAAAUCUAUGCCCAAUGAACAUUUUCAUAGAUAUUGUGUUGUUGUUUUUUUGAUGUUAUUGUCUGUGAGGCCAUUUUUAAUGAUUAUUCGUUAUUUAUUUCUUGUACGUUAUUUUUGAUAUUUUAUCGAUAAACCAUGUCUACAAAUGUUCAUACCUUUCUAUAACAAUAAUAAUAUUCCAAUCAUUCUAUAAAUUAACAUGACUGUAUACUUUUAACAGCGUUCCUAUAAAUAAACCAAGAUUGUA